UGUUAGUCUGUGUCUGCGCAAAGUUCUUAUGAUAUUACACUGCGGGAGCUGAAUAAACGACUUGACGUCCUAUUGCGGCCUAGAUCGGAGAGAGUGUUCUUAGCUAUUACAAUGACGUCGAGGUUUAGAGCUUCCAGCACACGGUGGACUGAAGGGGUCCAAACUCAUUUCAGCUCACACGAUCCCUACAUCGUCGUCACUGCAACAUGGCUCCCUUGCGCAGCGACUCAUCCCUGUCCAAGAGACGCAGCAAACACACGAGGAGCACGAAACAACGUUCUGGAUCUCGCGAGAUUCUCUCCGAAAGUGGAUUUAACAUCAGGUUGAAAAGGCCAUUCUGUGGCCUGACAGGCACAUGGCUCACUGUCUGGGUCACAGUGGCCUGCGCGACCGACAUGGCACUUUUGGGUUAUGAUCAAGGUGCCUUCGGCGGUGCUGUUGUCACUCCGGAUUUUCUCGAUAAGCUCAAUUUGAACAACAACUCAUCGCUCAUCAGUACGGUCACAGCUAUCUACGGCAUUGGAUGUUUCUUCGGCGCGGUCUCGGUCUGUGCUAUUGGCGAUCCACUCGGGAGGAAGAAUUUUGUCACUGGAAGUGCCUCGUGGCGUGUCCCAUUAGCCUUCAAGUUCCUGUUCAUCAUCAUUCUCCUCGCACCUGGACGCGCUGAUGAGGUCGAGAGGAUCCUUGCUGAUCUCGAAGCUGCCGAUGUCGACAAUCCGUACAUUAUCACUCAGUCAAAAGAUAUCCAAUGGGCUGUGCAGUACGAAAAGGACUAUGCCGUAUGUUGGCGCGAUCUGCUUCGUGGCCGCGCUGGAGACCAGGCUGGCACGCAUACCAUCAGACGAGUGAGCCUCGGCAUGGGAACACAGGCUAUGCAACAGCUGUCUAGCACUAACGUGACUUCCUACUACUUGGCCACUGUCCUCAUCGAGUCAGUGGGCCUGUCCAAUAAUCUCGCCUGCCUCCUGGCUGCAUGCAACUCAGUCUCUUGCCUUCUCUUCUAUCUCAUCAGCAUACCCAACGUCGAGCAUUGGGGCCGCCGGAAGAUGAUGAUGUAUGCCGCAGCAGGCCAGUUCUUCUGCUACACGAUCAUCACCAUAUGCAUCCGUUCUACAGCGGCCCACGCCGCCACAACAUCACUCUCACCAACUACAAAUCAACCAUGGGCAAAAGGGUCAAUUGCGUUCUUCUUCCUAUACUCUGUCUUCUUCGAUGUUGGAUGGCAAGGCGUGGCAUGGCUCUACCCGACAGAGAUCAACUCCAUGAUAAUGCGAACAAAGGGCGCUGCCCUGGGAACAGCAACUAAUUGCUGGCAAUUCUACAUCUGGUGCGUGUUCAACUUCGCAUUCAUUCGAAUAGGUGAGUAUUUUCCUCCUCGCUUACCUCCCGUCCCUUCUAACGAUCUCGCGGUUUACUUCUUUUACCCUGAGACCACCGGCUGCACGCUCGAAGAUCUGGAUCGCUACUUUCGUGGCGAUGCGCCUCUGUUUUGGAUCAAGAGCGAGAAGCCAGAGAUUAGGAGGCACAGUAGUGUGGUCACAGGCGACGUGGCCGCUGCGAAUGAUGCAAAUCAGAAGAAGUCGAGAACGGAGGGAGCGGAGUACCAUGACGACGUAUGA